CUCGUCAGUACUGUUCAGACCUCUUAUUUCAUUUGACGGAAUCGUGUCGAGUGGAUAUUCAUAAUAAAUUCACUGACGUGGGCUUAUAUGUGUUGAAAUUUACAUACAUACUUGUAUUGUGCUAAGAAACAAGAAUCAGAUGUUACACAUUUUCUAAGUGAUUUGACACUAAAUAUUUAGACUUUAACUGUUAGAUCUUAAAUUAUAAACCGCUUAAUUUGAUUAAUUAGGACUGUGUAUGGUUAUACGUUAAGAACUACACAAGUACAUAAAACUAACAUUAUUAUAACCUUGCACGUUAUUCCUCGGCCUUGGCAAUAUUUCAAAAAUGGGGAAAAAAAUUCAUAAAGAACAACAAAAUAAUAAGGACAACCUUUUGGAACAAUAAAUGAAGAAGCUUUGGUUAUGAGUUUAUCUCAAAAGGACAUAUUAAUUCCUACCGCUAUUACCCAGCAUCAUCAAGUGGAUAUUUCACCAAAACUACAUAUAAUCGAAACAACCACACAAAAUACCGUAGCUACUGCAACCGCUGUUGCGGUUGCACAUCACCAACACAAUCUCUCAAAUAUUCACCACCUCCAAAAUCUGCAUAGUCAGCAUCAGAAUAAUUUAUUUAAUAGUAAUCAUUCAACACCAUUUAGCGUGACCGAUAUUCUAAGUCCAAUUGAAGAAUCCUAUCGAAAACUGGAACUUAACGGAAACCCACCAUCUCCGUUUCGGUCUAACUCCAGUGGCAGCAGUAUAAAUUCCCCUGGAACAAUACCUACUUCCACUAUGGCCAAUCCUUACGCAAUGGGAUCAAUAUAUCAUAGUCCAGGAGUUCAAAGCUACUGCGGACCUACCGAUAACUUAUCUCUCGCUGGUCACUAUACUGAUAUGAGAAGCUCUGCGUCGUGGUACGGAUCAACCGCAAAUGAUCCAAGAUUUGCUAUAUCCCGCCUCAUGAGCUCGUCAGCCAGUGGGACAAUGACCCAUAUGGGAAAUAUGGGUGGACUGGCAGCUUGCAGCGUAAGCGAUACAAAACCGCUACAGUUUCCUUUGGCACAAAGGAGAAAACGAAGAGUUUUGUUUACGCAAGCUCAGGUAUAUGAACUAGAAAGGAGAUUUAAGCAGCAGAGGUAUCUCUCCGCACCGGAAAGAGAACACUUGGCCAGUCUUAUUCAUCUAACCCCAACACAAGUGAAGAUAUGGUUCCAAAAUCACAGAUAUAAAUGUAAACGGCAAGCGAAAGAAAAGGCAAUGGCUGAACAAAAUCAACAUAAUCAGUCUGCGAGCUCACCAAGACGCGUGGCCGUGCCGGUACUCGUAAAAGACGGCAAGCCUUGUUCUGGAAAUAGUUCAACUCAAUCUCAAUCGAUUGGUAACAGUGCCACGUCAGCAGCCAACAAUACAAAUGCUAAUAAUGGUGGUACUGCUAGUAGUGGAGGCGUCUCAGUAACCGCUAAUGUUACGGGUGGUCUCAAUCUUAUAACAGGAGAUGCUCCGAACUCUCAUUCGCCGGAUACAUCUUCAUCAUUACUUGCUAGUUAUGGGACUGUUGGAGGUUCCAACGUUGCUAUGCUGCAGCAACCCUGCAAUAAUACUUUAAUGUCAAACAGUUUAGCAAUGGCGUAUAGAAACCAAAAUAAUUUUAUUUCGAAUGGACAUCAGCAGCAAUGUGGCGGAUAUUUGCCAUUACAGGGGAGAGCAUGGUAAAAUUUUAAUGUAUGCUUUUGUUUACUUUUGUUAAGUGUACUCUAUUCGGUAAGGGAUGUAAAAAAUAAUGAAAGAAAUUUAAUUAAAAUGUUAUAUGGAAUAUCAGUUUCAUUAAAUGAAGUACAUACACUUAUAUAAAUAAUAUAUCAAUAGUAAAAAUAUUAAAAUGAACAAUGAAUAAAAGUGAAAGUUUAACAAAAAGUUUAUGCAUAAGUGUACAUAUUUAGACCAAUGUAAAAAAUAAAAAAUGAACAAAGUU